CCAGAUACCCCCAUCGCUUCCAAGCGGUCAAAAAGAGAUCAUUCCUCAACUAAUACACGCGCAGCUGCCCCGUUGUCUGAGCGCCUCCGCCCCACAUCCCUCGACGACUUUGUCGGCCACCUCCACCUAACGGGUCCUGAUGGUACUCUUUCUAACCUUGUCAAGCUCGGUACCGGCAGCAUAGUUCUCUGGGGCCCACCUGGAUGCGGAAAGACAACCCUCGCGCGCCUGCUUGCUAACAGCACAGACGCCGUCUUCAAAGAGCUUAGCGCUACAAGUUCUGGUGUCAAUGAUAUUCGUCCCAUCGUGGAAGAGGCUAAAAAUGUCUUUUCUCUCACUCGCAGGCGGACAAUCAUGUUCCUUGAUGAAAUUCAUCGUUUCACAAAGGCUCAGCAGGAUGUUUUCCUGCCAUUUGUAGAGUCUGGACAGAUCCAGCUCAUAGGCGCCACGACGGAGAAUCCGUCUUUCAAACUCACCAAUGCCCUGCUUAGUCGAUGUCGUGUCUUGAAACUCGAACGUCUCACGGACGAAGAGAUCACACGGAUUGUCGUCAAGGCGGUUAAGCUCACAUCUCUCGUCUUGACCACGCCUCCAUUCCCGUCCCAUCCCCAACUCACCCCUCGCAUCCUCGCAAGCCUCACCUCUCUCUCCGCAGGCGACGCCCGCACCGCGCUCUCGCUCCUUGAACUGGUCCUGGUCUCCGCUCCAACGACGCCCGAGGCCACGCUGCUCGCCUCGCUCCGCAACUCCGUCUCGACGAGCUACGACCGCACGGGCGACGCGCACUAUGAUCUCAUCUCGGCACUGCACAAGAGCGUGCGCGGCAGCCAGCCCGACGCGGCGCUGUAUUGGCUCGCGCGCAUGCUCGGCGCAGGCGAGGACCCGCUGUACAUCGCCCGGCGCAUGACCGUGUGUGCGAGCGAGGACAUUGGGCUCGCGGACAAUCACGCGUUGGUUCUGGCGACGGCGACGACGCAGGCAUGUCAACAAGUUGGCAUGCCCGAGUGCCGCAUCAACCUCGCGCACCUCGUGUCCUACCUCGCGGAGGCACCCAAGUCGACGCGCGCGUACGAGGCCUAUGCGCGCGCGGAGGCGGCGGCGAAGCAAGACAUGACCGUACCAGUGCCGAUACCCAUGAGAAACGCGCCGACGGGGCUGAUGAAGGACAUGGGGUACGGCGAGGGUUACUGUUAUAACCCUGAAUACGCACACCCUGUCACGAACGAUUACAUCCCCGAGCGCUUCCGCAACGUGAGAUUUUUGAGGGAAAUAGGUGACCGAACUGACAAGACAUGGGAUGAGAAAGCUUUGAGGCGUUGGGAGGUGGAUGAGAACAAUGGAAAAGAAUGGGAGGGCAGGGUUUCUCAUAAGAAUAUAUGA